UCUGUGCUAAUGUCAAAAUAUUAGACGUUCCACUUUCGACGGCGAGAAAACCUAAACAAAGUGCUGGUAAUUGUUGUGUGUUAGUUUAAUUUGCGGUAUAACUGAACAGACCAGCUCACAUAAGCAAUUGAUUGAGUACCAUUUGACGAGUUAACGUUCCAAACGAACAGGAAGCCAAUGGAAUCGCUGAAACAGUUCAACACACUGGGCAUUAAAAUGGAAACGUCCGACUUGAACGAUGAACUUUCAUACCCGUACAAUGGCCACGAAGAUCUGGAUAUCCUCCCCAACAAUGAAAUUUUCUCGCGGGACUCAUUGUUUCUGGACGAAGAGGACGAUCCGGAGGAUCCACCAGGUGACGAAGAUGAUGACGACGAGGACGACAUUAUUAUACUACACAUCGACAUCCGGGAACCGAUCAAGCGAUUGAAGAAAUUGCUGGAACAGAAAAUUGCGGUCAAUCUCGCCAAAUACGAGUUCUGGUUGCAGGACGCUCAAAUUCUGGAACCGGAUAAGAAUCUAGUGGAUCAAUGUGUCAAAGGUGAAGGACUCGUCCAGAUCAACGUCCAAGUGCGCACAGCAUCGAAACGGAUAAACAUCGUCGAUGUCCUGAAACCCACCGACGAUGUUUUAGCGGAACUGAGUGAAGCCGCAACAGCAGCGAAACCAGUACCGGAAAACAAAGAGUCACCGCCCUCGAGAAUCGACAAUUUGGAAACGUCCGGUGAUGAGGCGACAAACGACAGUCAAUCGAAUACACCAACAACAGCUCAAACUGUUAGCGAAUCGUCGGCCACCGUUCCCGAUAAAUCGGAAUCGGUCAAGUGGGUGAUAGACAACAAUUUCCGGAAGGAGCUCAUCCGAUUGGGAUUUUCCGAGGAUCCAGUGGAAUGGACCGUUGCUCAAGUGAGACACUGGUUACAAUGGGCUGUGCGGCAAUUUAGUCUGACGAAGAUAAAGCUGCAGGACUGGUGCAUCACCGGCCGAAAGCUGUGCGAUCUUUCGCUCGAAGAAUUUCAAGAAAAGGUUCCCGUCGAUCCGGGCGACACAUUCUGGACGCACUUGGAACUGUUGCGGAAGUGCAAAAUGGUUGCCAUCCGUGGCGAGCCGGAUUUCGAGAACACGACCGACGAGAAUGUGACGCAACUGAAGAAGCAACAGAAACCGAACGGAUUGAAACCGGUGAAGGCAAUCAAGCCACUGGGAAUCAUUUCACAGUUCGGAGUCGAGGCCGGCCAUCAGGGCAAUCGAACCGGCAAUAACGGGCAGAUUCAGUUGUGGCAAUUCUUGCUGGAAAUUUUAACGGACAGGGAGCACAGAACGAUAAUCUCAUGGCUGGGCGGUGACGGUGAAUUCAAAUUGACCGAUCCGGAGCGUGUGGCCCGACUAUGGGGCGAAAGGAAAAACAAACCGACGAUGAACUAUGAGAAAUUGUCACGAGCACUACGCUACUACUAUGACGGCGAUAUGAUAUCUAAAGUGCACGGCAAAAGAUUUGUGUACAAAUUCGUCUGCGAUCUGACGCAAUUGAUAGGAUACAAUGCACAGGAGUUGUCGAAUUUGGUAAACGAAGACGUCGGCGUUGAUCCCAUAUUUUGAACUGAAGAGAGUUGGCAACGAAAAGGAAAGAAACGUUGAAAAGUUGUGGCAAUAAAGUUUUUAAUUUUAAUAAAA